UCAUUUCAGAUCCGGGGGAUUCUGCUUUACAAAAGCUCAGAGGCCGAACUUCCAAUGGCGUUGUGAGCAGACAACAGAGAGAAAAAAAAAAAAUCCCACCUACUCCAUUGAAAGAUAAUUCAACCUCUAUCAAAUCGAUUCACACAGAGAGAGAGAGAGACCUUUAUUUGUCACUCGUCUCAGUCACUCUUCAUCAUCACCAUCAUCAUCAUCAUCAUCGAUCCACUCCAACUUUCUGGCCUGUUCAGAUCUGAUCGUUGAAUCGACGACUGCUGCUUUGAAGAGAUCAAGGACGACUUGUUUUGCUGGUUCUUGUCGAUCUACAUAUAUGCUUGACGUAUGGUUUGGAUUUACUGAAAUCAACGCAAAUCUGCUCAGUUUUUGGUGGUUAUGGAGAAGAUCCAGAGGUAUUUUUAGAGUUUAGUAUAGAUCUUGAAUGUUAAUGUGUUAGAAUCGGCUUAACUGGAUCGAGUAAUCGUAGUUGGACUCGCGGAUAAAUUUCCUAUGGAGACUCUUCUUGUUGUUGCUCAGCAUCAGAAUCAAUACUACAGUAGAAGCACCCGGGCUCAUAAUGGCCCUGCAACAUGUGGAUCAUUUGGAUCCCCUCCUUCGAUAGGUUUCAAAGAUAUCAAUUGCCGAACUUUCCAAUCCGGAGAAGGGAUACUCCCAACCCCGUUAAAGGCUUGUAUUAGUACUGUAACCAAACAGGAAUGUUGUUCUUCCCCCAAAACACCAUCUCUGAAAUCUCAGUUCAAUGAAUCUAAAAACUUGAAAAGAACUGUGACGAGUAGUACUAGUGUACCCAUUCCUAUCAACACUAAAUCUGAUCGUAACAAGAAGGGGUUUUUCAAUGAUGAGAUUGCUUUCUCUGAGCUCUGGGCUGGACCAGCUUAUUCCAAUUCCCCUCCUCCUAGUUCUCUGCCUAUACCUAAAUUUUCACUUCGUCCCAAAAGGACUGUAUCACUUGACUUGCCUGCUUCAUCAGCUUCUGAUAUCGAUUUUCAUCCCAUAGCUAAGUCUGCACCCCCUUCACCCACAAGGGACCAUAGCUACUCUACUAGAGCUCUCUUUCACAGUGCUGACUCUGCGACGAAGACCCUCCGUCGCAUUCUCAAUCUGGACAUUUCAGAUGAAUGAAGCGUGAGGAGCGUCGGGCUGCUCCUGUAAAUAAACUAGUGUGCAAACUUGGGUAGUGGUAGAUUGUAAAUAGAGUGAAUAAAACAAGCCCGUAGUAGUGCGAUUCUCUUCAAGUUAAUUCAGUGAUUAUGUAGUGAGUGUAGACAAAAAUGAUGGUUGGUUGGUCAUCAAUCUCCAGAUAUUGCGUUGAAGUUUGAUGUGGGCUUUAUUUAUAUAUUGGGUUGGGUGUGACAUGGAUUGGAUGGCUGCUAAAAAUGUUUCAGAAGCAGAAAGGGGAUUAAUGGAUGGGGAUUUUCUAUCAAAUCUGUUUGAUUUCUGUAGUCCUUUGUUGUGGGUUCAGAAAAUUAACUACUCAAUUCCCAAUUCGGCUUAAAGGGAGGUUCAAUUCUAGUUGAUCGAUGAAGAUAUGAUACCUGGUUUAUUGUAUAAUCUCCUCACAGAAUUGCUGACUUUUACUUUGUUAGGUUUAGGGUUUUAGUUUCAUAUACUCUUGUGUAUACUAUAGAAUCCUGACCCCAUUACUUACAUCUUCUGUAGCAUAUAGUGUUUUGUUUUAUUGUUGUUAUGGUCACCUUUGGUCCUCAAUCGUGGCUCUAGUGUCCUAUGUUAGUUCUCAGAUAUAGCUUCACUUCUAGUUCAAUCCUGCCUGAAUUGACUACCUAAAAACAUUCCUUGCAUUCUUCUUCUACCCACCUCUUGUGCAUGCAAGGAGCCGGAAUGGGCUCCUCGCAUCUCGUUCCCUUCAUUUGCACCAUUUCUUUUAUUUUCUUUCUUUAGUUGGAUCUGACUCCUAUAUCUUCACUCUGAGGGAGUGUUGCCUUCCCCUUCACCAUCUUUUCUGUUUUUUGAUAAGGAAAGUGGGAAGGAGGAGUAGGUAGUCGCCGCAUCUGUUCUUUAUUAUGUAGACCCCCCUCGUAUGGAUAUCUGUGUUGCACUGCCCAAUUCUAAGGCCCCAUUAGUUUCAUAAUUUUCGACAGUGGGUAAUGCCACUUUGCUUCAGUCUUUGUAAAAGUUCAUCUGAGUUCUGUUCAUGGAGAUCGUUGAUCAUACCAAGCUAUUGACAAGG